GCUAUCCCAGGCUGUCAUUCCCGGCAGUGCCGCUGGAGGAGCCGUUUCCCCUCACGGCCCCGGAAGGCGCGGGGCGGGCCGGGCCGGCGGAAGCGACGCGGGCGGGGCCAUGUCCGGGAGCGCCGAGCGGCGGCCGCAGUUCAUCGCAGGCUGCAUGUACCGAGUCCUUCAGACCACGGGACCAGAUGGAAAAAACCUCCUGAAAUUGCUCCCCAUUUCCAAACCUUCGGGAAGCUUUGUGCCGCUAGUUCAGGCUCCAGCCAUGCCAAAUAGCCCUGCAGGGAACAUCUCCACCCCUGUCCAUCUUACCUUUAAGACCCAGCUCGGCAGUUCUGCUGCACCUUCAUCCGUUAAGAUCUUCCAGUCUCCUAAUCCGGGGAAGAUCAUUCUUACGAGGACGUUAGAGAAGCAGGAGGGUGUCAGGGCAGAUUCUGAGAAGGAGGGCUUGGUUCCCGGUGCCAGUGUGCAGGGCAGGGGCUCUGUGCAGGACGUGGCCGUGCCCGGCUCCUCACCCCAGAGCGGCACAGCCUACAUGGUGGUCAACAGAAACCCCCUCCCAGCACAGAACCCCGGCAAGCCCCUGGUGCUGCCCUCCGGCCACCACCUGCAGAUCCCGGCUGAUGCCGAGGUGAAGUCUGUCCCGGCGUCCCUGCUGCCCCCGGCCAUCCAGCAGAAGAUCCUGGCGGCCGCAGCCACCUCUGCGUCCGACGGCUCCAAGAUGCCGACGGUGAUUUACGUGUCCCCUGUGAACACCGUGAGGACCCCCCAGGCCCUCUCCAAACGGAUGCAGGCCUUGUGCCCCCAGAGCAGCCCCGAGGCUCCCAGAACCCUGCUGUUGGCAGCAGCCCCAGAGGGGGCCGUGUGCUGGCCCGGCCGAGGGGGCCGCCGGCGCCACCAGGCCCCCAUGAAGUGGAUCGUGCAGGAGGCCACUCCGGUCACCCCGUGCCUCAUCCCCGUGAAAUCCUCCAACAACGUGGCUUCCAAGAUCCUGAAAACCCUGUCGGACACCAAGAACGUGGGAGUGAGCUCUGCCAGCGUCCUGCCCCUCUGCCCCAGCGGGCCCGGGGCCGGCCAGACCAAACUGACGCCGCUGAAGGACAAUGCCCUGGUCAUGUACAACGGGAAGGUCUAUCUGCUGGCCAAGAGGGGCUCUGACAUCCUGGCAGCUCAGGCUGAGAGACAAACCCCCUCCUCUCCUGAGCCCUCACUCAGAAAGGAGACGCCCCAGCGCGUGGACUCCUCUGCUGUCAACCAGAUCACCAGCAAAGUGGUCAACCUGGUGCUGUCCAAGAACAAAGGGGUGCUGCUGGCCCACGACCCAAACCCACGGGCAAGACCUCCAACAUUCCUCCCCAACGACUCCAGAGCCGCCCCCGCGGCCCCAGUGCUGGCCGGUGCUGCCCAGCAGGAUCCUGGGGCCAUCCAGGGCCAUCCCUGGCCCUGCUCCACACCCAUGGGAGACACCCCAGGCCCGGCUGGGGGGCACAGGGCACCGUGGCAGGGACAGUACCCCGGCCCAGGGCAGCGGGGGCUGUGUCACCCCAGUGGGAGAGGAACAGGCUCCAGUGCAGACUGGCCCAAGGAAAAAUUGGGGCUCACCAAGGAGGAGAGAGUUUACCUGAGGAGAAUCCCACUGAUUCAGAUCCUGGGAGAAUCCAGAGGAAAGGGCUGUUCCAGUGACAGCCUGGAAAGGAGAAGUGAUUCCUGCAGCUCAUCCUCCCUGGAUGGAAUAGGGAACUGCCUGCAGAAUGUGUUCCAGAGAAAAGAUAUCGCGGAUCCGGAGGAGGAUCUGACCAGGAAAGGAAAAUCAGAUCCUCCCCCGUCAGACAGCAGGAAUGAGAGGGAAACUCCUCAAUCCACAAGCCCAAGUUCAGAAACCACCAAUGCACUUCCCAGGAGCGUUUCACCCCCUCCAGCCUCCCCGGAGCCGAGCAUUCCCACGGGAUCCUCCAGAGCUUCCCAAAGGAGGGACUCGGAGCCAGGGACACCCCCGGCGGGCAGCGCUGGCACGGACUUGGAGAUCCCAGAGCUGGUGGCUCCCGGAGGGGCUCCCUCCCUUCUGGAAGGUUCCUUCCGGGACGACGCUUUCCCGGCGGCUCCCCCAGACCUGGACGAGACGACGGACGAGAAGAUCAAGCGGCUGAAGCAGCUCCUGCGGGAGAGGGAGGCGGCGCUGGAGGAGAUGAGGAGGGAGAUGCAGCAGAGCUGAGACUCCCCUGGGCCCCAUUCCUCUGCCAGGGAGAAACCCCCGAUGGAAUAAGCAGCCUCAUGAAUUCCAGGCUGUGGGUGUGUUUGGAAUUCCGUGUGGAAUGCCGGGAAUGGGAGACUUGGAGCGUCUGAUCCCGCCCUGGGACAUGGCCCAGCACGGGCAGCAGAGUUUCCAUUGCACAGGGCCAGGUUUGGGGCUGGCAAAGGAAUUUUGCAAUCCCAGGGCCUGGUGCAGGCUGGGAAGCCCCUGGGAAAUUGUGGAUGUGCUUUGGGUUGUUCUCCUCAAAUGCAUGAGAACUUUUUUGGUGAAUCCCUGAGAACUUUUUUGUGAACCCUUAAGAACUUUUUCAGUGAAUCCCUGGGAACUCAUUUUGUGAAUCCCUGAGAACAAUUGUCAGGCAGAAGGCUGUGAGCGCUCCGUGGGUUACUGGAUGUAUUUAAGGGAUGUGGGAAUGGGACUGUCAGGCAGUGACAGUGCAGCUAUUUAUACAAACCCUGGAGAAGGAGCCCUGGCUCUCCCUGUGGUUCCUGUGAGCCUUUAUAAGGCCUUGGCCAGCUGUGCAAUGUGGGGCUUUGCCCAGUUGGGAGGGUGAGCUGUGGGUUUUUUAACCAGAACUCUGUCAAUAAUAAUUUCUUCAGCCCCAGGUGGUGUCUGUAACAUCCCUGGUGGUGUCUCUGGAUUUGUUGAUCCUGGACGUGGCUUGUGCCACCCCCGCUGAUGGUCCCUUGGUGUGUGGGGUGGGAUGACUUUGGACCCCCACCCUCUGUUGUCCGUGUCUUUGGCUCCUGCAGCUCCUCCCUCUCUUUGACAACAAUUAAGAACUUUUUAUUUUUUCCCAG